UCUAAUUGUGGCUCCCCACCAUCAAUUUCCAACGGGUCACCUGGUACACCAACAAGCACAGUAGCAGGAGGAACAGUGACAUACACCUGUAACAAUGGCUACCAACGUUUAGGAUCCGCUACAGUGACCUGUCAGGCUAGUGUAAGUUGGAGUACUACACCAAUAUGCUUAGCUGUUUGUGGAUCCCCUCCUUCUAUCUCAAAUGGAUCUCCUGGCACACCCACUAGUAUCAUACAAGGAGGGACUGUGGUGUACAGCUGUAACUCUGGCUAUCAACUGUCGGGAUCAGCUACUGUUGUCUGUCAAGAUAGCGGAAAUUGGAGCCCGAGGCCAAAUUGUUUAGCUAUUUGUGGCUCCCCACCAUCAAUUUCCAACGGGUCACCUGGUAUACCAACAAGCACAGUAGCAGGAGGAACAGUGACAUACACCUGUAACAAUGGCUACCAACUGUCCGGAUCACCCACAGUGACCUGUCAGGCUAAUGGAAGUUGGACUGCAAGACCAAGUUGCUCACCUAUCUCUUGUGGCAACCCUCCGACCAUUCCCAAUGGGUCCAGGACUUUCACUGGCACCACAUUUGGAGAUACGGCCAUCUACACCUGUAACACUGGGUACCAACUGUCAGGAGCAGCUACAAUGAUCUGUCAGGCUAGUGGAAGUUGGAGUACUGCACCGACUUGCCCACAUAAUAAUUCUAUACAAAAUUAAUGAUCUGAUCUCAUGUGUAUAUAUAAUUAUGU